ACUCUAUUUCUAUACAUGUGAUAUGUUGACUUUGUUUCUACUAUUGUUUCUGUAUCUCCCUCUUACUUCAAAAACAUUUUACUAACCUCGUGAUUUCAAAUACCCGAACCUUACCCUACACACACACACAAACACACACAGAGUACAUCCUAAACCAGUCAAACCACCCAGGAACGCAGAUAUACAGCAUGUAUAUAUAUAGUUUCCAAUCACUUGUUCCAUGCGCUGAUCGUUAACUUCUCAGAAAUACAAAGUGAGACAAGUUAAUUAAGAUGAGUGACAAUUAGUUAGCUCAUAUAAACAUACAAGCCGUUGUGCGUAGUGAUAGAGAGAGAGAGAGAGAAUCUUAUGGGGAAAAUGGGGAAGGUGAUGGAGGAUUUGAAGCCAGCGGUGAUGAUGAUAAUGGUCCAAGUGGGAUAUGCAGGAGUGAGCAUAUUAUACAAAGUGGUUGCCAAUGAUGACAGCGCCACCUUGAGUAUUCUCAUGGCUUAUCGUUUCAUCUUCGCUUCUCUUUUCAUGCUUCCUCUUGCUUUCUUCUUCGAAAGGAAGAACAAACCCAAAAUCACAGGGAAAGUGUUGUUACAAUCAUUUAUGUGUGGAUUAUUUGGGGCGUCAUUGCAGCAAAAUUUGUUCGUGCAAGCAGUGUCUCUAGCGGGAGCUACAUACGCUACGGCCAUGUACAACCUCGUUCCUGGGGCAACCUUCGUCUUAGCCGUCAGUUUUGGAUUGGAGGAGGUGAACAUAGGAAGAUUAUCAGGGAAAGCAAAGGUGGGAGGGACAGUAUUGGGAAUUGGUGGGGCCAUGAUGCUGACAUUCUACAAGAGCAUAGAGAUACAUUUAUGGUCAACUCACUUCAAUAUUAUGAAACAUGUGGCCCCACAGAAGGCGCCCUCCAAUGAAAUUUGGGGCAUUGCUUUGGCCUUCGGCACUUGCCUCUCCUACUCCCUCUGGUUGAUCAUUCAGGCAAGAAUGAGUGAGAAGUUUCCCUGGGCAUAUACAAGUGCAGCUUUGAUGUCAGUGAUGGCAGCAAUACAGUCUGUCAUUUUUGCUCUCUUCAUGGAAAGAGAUUGGAAUCGUUGGAAGCUCGGUUGGAAUACCUUCCUUCUUACUGCUGUCUAUACGGGAAUUGUGGCGUCUGGGCUAGCUUGGGUUUUGAUCACAUGCGUCGUACGCCAGAAAGGACCACUCUACACCUCCAUUUUCAACCCUCUCUUUCUUAUACUCGUCGCCAUUGCUGGCUCUUUUAUCUUAGAUGAAAGGUUGCAUUUGGGAAGCCUGAUAGGAUCCAUACUGAUAAUAAUGGGGCUAUACGCAGUCCUGUGGGGCAAAGGCAAAGAAUUCAAGAGAAAAACAGCGGAUCAGAAUGUUGCUGAAGUAGAAGACUCAGCUGAUUUAGGAGACUCUUUAAAGAUAACUACCCCAAAUAAUGAUCAUCAAGACGAUAAUAAAACUGUUAAUCAUGAAGACAACAGUGAUCAGACGACGACUAAGCCUGUUGGUUUUACUGCCACUCUGUUUAGUUCCUUCACUUCAAAUUCGAUGAUCAGAAAACCAUGAAACCAAGUUUCGAGAAAGGUUAAUUACUGAAACAAAUUAAAUGAAGAGCAAGAUACGUUAUUCCAUAGAAUGAUCAUCAGACUUAAAUGAUGAAAAGCAUAUAAGCUUGAAUGAGAAGGAAAGGAAUAACGUAUUAAUGGGAACAAAUAUGACAGUGACGCGCUAUAUCAUUAAUAAGUCAACAAAUAAUGUUAACGAUUCUUGCUUUUGUAGUAGUUUUACGAUUACUUUCUUUUGCUGUAGUUUUAGUAACUUGAACUUCAUUAUAUGUAUUAAUGAAAAGUAGUUCUGCUUUCUUGGAUCCAUAUAAAUAAAUACCAACUUUCUAAUUUGGGAGAAUGAUAA